UGUUUUAUUUAUUUCUUAAUUUAAAAAGAUAGUCAAAAUGCCUUUUAUGAUUGGUAAAGCACCUAUACGAAGAACAUUAAAUUAUUUGAACGCUGGUAAAUUAAUUUUGAAAAACGAUAUACAAAUAUUUUCUGUUAAUUAUAAUACACAUGGAGAACAUCAUAAGGGUGCCAGAGAAUUUGUAUUUUGGCAUUUGUCACAAAUUCAAUAUAAAAAUCCGAAAAUACAAGUUAUUACCUUCAAAAAUAUGACUCCAACACCUUUUAUAAAAUGUUAUUAUGAGAGUGGAAACACCAUGUUAAUUGAUAUAGAUAGUAAAUCUAAAAAUGAUAUACUAUUACAUCUUCAAGAAGUAAUUGGUAAAUCACAGGAAGUUUUAAUGCAAGAAGAUGUAGUGCAAGAAAAGAAAGACAAUCCUGCUAAUUUCGGUGUUGGUUGUCCUAUGAACUGUAUAUGUAUAAUACCUGGCCAAGUACCAUGUCCUGGUAUAGUACCCCUACCAUAUCACAUGCGUGGAAAACAUAAAAAAAGUUUGAAAGAACCAUAA